AUGGGUUUCUGGGGCUACGGACUGUUCGAAAAUGACCGUGAUCUGGACAUUUUUGUCGAUCUCGCCGAAGAGUGUGGUCUCACAACCCUCGAGAAGGAUGAGCAGGCGAAGGCCGCACACAAUAAACUGAAGAAGGACGUCGAAACGGAGACCGAGGGCAGUGCUGCUCAGAUGCAGACUCACGAUGGCGACAUCAUGUACUCACUCUUCGCCGCUUAUUGCUCCGACAUCAAGACCGUACGAGACUUCCUCAAUGAAGGAGCGCUCGACAAGCUCGUCGAGAUUCACAAAAACGACACGAAUACGCUCAUGCUGGUUGGCGUCUGCGCCAUGAGCCUGGGCUGCACCACCAGCGAUGUUUUCCUCGAGACCUUGCGUCAGCAGUUCCCUCACUGCGGAACUAGAGGUCGUGCCCGCAACCAGAUCGGCAGAGCACUCUUCGGCCCUGGGGGUUUCGAGAACGGCAAGGCCUACGAUUUCCAGUCCAGGGGUCUUUUGCAGACCGCAGGAGAAGUCAUGGACGGCGCUGAACUUGGAAUGGAAGAGAACAUGUGGUAG